AUGGACUUUACCUGGCACAAGUCAAUAGAAGCAUCGCGCUCUGAAAGAAGCAAUUUGAGCUACUUAAGCAAAAUACACUUUCUUACAAGCUCAAUUUGGUUUGGACUAGCAGCUUUAUGUCUGGCUUCAUAUACAGAAAAACAAGAACAGUCACUAAAAUUUAUCAUUGGAAAAUGUGCUGAAGAACAGGGCAUAGAGUUAAGCAAUGAGUUUACGGAACAUUGGAAAUACACCGGCGACCUUUUCCCGGAAGAGGAGAAAUCGAAAAAAUUUGCCCUUUGUACCCAACGUAUGAUAAAUAUGUGGAAUGCUGAUGGUACGUUCAAUAUUCAAGCCUUGAUCGACUUCUUGGCCGAUGGUCACGACGUUCAGGCAUUGACAGAGGACGUUCAAAAAUGUAACACGGACGAAGGAGAUACAAGCGAAGAUAGAGGAUACAACUUCUACAAGUGUUUCUACGCUGAAAGAAAUUUUGAAUUGUAAUUGAAGUAGACUAAAGUUUUAUAGAGUAGUUUACGUAA